UUGAAACUUUAUAUAAUUGCUGACUUAAUUUGGCUUCAGGGUUUUUCCCCAUUAUACCCCUGCUUGAGCGUUGAACUAACACCAACACUGUCACUCUCAUUAUCUCAAUUCUGGUUUCUUCAACUUCUUUUUCUUUAACCCUUUUCACUUUCACUUCAUUUUCUCUCUUCAGAAAUUCAGAAUUUUGGUGAUAGAUAAGGGAUUAGGUUGUUCAUAGUAAAUUGAAAAACAUGGCUUCACUUGGUGAUAUAGGACUUGCAGCUGCAAUAAACAUCCUUACUGCAUUUGCAUUCUUAAUAGCAUUCGCCAUACUUCGAAUUCAACCGAUAAACGAUAGGGUGUAUUUUCCGAAAUGGUAUCUGAGGGGUUUAAGGAGUAGUCCGUUGCAAGGAGGGGCGUUUGUGUCCAAGUUUGUUAAUAUAGACUUCAGGUCGUACAUAAGAUUCUUGAACUGGAUGCCUGCAGCAUUGCAAAUGCCGGAACCCGAAUUAAUUGAACACGCAGGCUUGGAUUCUGCUGUAUACUUGAGGAUCUACUUACUCGGGCUGAAAAUAUUUGUUCCUAUUUCACUCCUAGCUUUUUCUGUUAUGGUUCCUGUCAAUUGGACCAAUAACACCUUGGAACAUUCAAAUGUGGUUUAUACCAGCAUAGACAAGCUUUCGAUUUCAAAUAUUCCAGUUGGAUCAAAUAGAUUUUGGACUCACUUGGUAAUGGCUUAUGCUUUUACCUUCUGGACAUGCUAUAUCUUAAAAAGGGAGUAUCAGCUAAUUGCAACAAUGAGAUUGUCUUUUCUUGCUUCUGAAAGACGCCGUCCUGACCAAUUCACGGUACUUGUUAGAAAUGUACCACCAGAUGCUGAUGAAUCAGUCAGUGAGCUAGUCGAGCAUUUCUUUAUGGUCAAUCAUCCAGAUAACUAUCUCACUCAUCAGGUUGUUUACAAUGCAAAGGAACUCUCUAGUCUAGUUGCUAAGAAGAAAAAACAACAGAAUUGGCUUGAUUACUAUGAAAAUAAGUAUUCUAGAAACCAAACAACGAGACCAACUAAAAAGACUGGCUUUUUAGGUCUAUGUGGUAGUAAAGUGGAUGCUAUUGAUUUUUAUACUGCUGCAAUUGAGAGAUUAUCAAGAGACAUAGAGUUGGAGAAAGAAAAGGUCAUGAAGAAUCCUAAAUCUACAAUGCCAGCGGCUUUUGUUUCCUUCAAAACUCGUUGGGGUGCAUCAGUUUGUGCGCAAACUCAACAAACUAGAAAUCCAACGAUAUGGUUGACAGAAUGGGCCCCAGAACCCCGUGAUGUGUAUUGGGAUAACAUGGCAAUACCAUAUGUUUCACUCUCAAUAAGGAGGCUUGUAAUUGCUGUUGCUUUCUUCUUUCUUACAUUCUUUUUCAUGAUUCCCAUAGCAUUUGUACAGUCACUUGCUAAUAUUGAAGGCAUUGAAAAAGCAGCACCCUUCCUCAAGGACCUCAUUGAAAUAAAAUUCAUUAAAGCAUUUAUACAAGGUUUCCUUCCUGGGAUUGCUUUGAAGAUAUUCCUCAUUUUUUUGCCAACAAUAUUGAUGAUGAUGUCCAAGUUCGAAGGGUUUAUAAGCCGGUCUUCUCUUGAAAGAAGAUCAGCCACAAGAUAUUACAUCUUCCAGUUCAUUAACGUGUUUCUGGGGAGCAUAAUUACCGGGACUGCAUUCCAACAACUUGAUAAAUUCAUCCAUCAAUCUGCAAAUGAAAUUCCGAAGACAAUUGGUGUCUCGAUUCCAAUGAAAGCAACUUUCUUCAUAACAUACAUAAUGGUUGAUGGGUGGGCUGGAUGUGCUGGUGAGAUUUUAAGGUUGAAGCCUUUGAUAUUUUAUCACUUAAAGAAUUUCUUGUUGGUGAAGACCGAAAAAGACCGCGAAGAAGCAAUGGAUCCAGGGACUUUUGAUUUCAAUACAGGAGAACCUCAAAUACAACUUUAUUUCUUGCUUGGCCUUGUCUAUGCUGUGGUCACACCAUUUCUACUUCCAUACAUCAUUGUGUUCUUUGGUUUGGCAUAUCUUGUCUACCGUCAUCAGAUUAUAAAUGUGUACAACCAAGAGUAUGAGAGUGCCGGAGCUUUCUGGCCUGAUGUCCACGGACGUAUUGUAUUUGCAUUAGUUGUCUCACAACUGCUGUUAAUGGGAUUAUUGAGUACAAAAGAAGCUGCUAACUCAACUCCAUUACUCAUCGCUCUCCCAGUUUUGACAAUAUGGUUUCAUCGGUUUUGCAAGGGAAGCUAUGAACCUGCUUUUACUACUCAUCCAUUACAGGAAGCAAUGGUCAAAGACACAUUGGAGCGUACGAAAGAGCCAAACUUCAAUUUGAAAGAGUUCCUCCACAGUGCAUAUAUCCAUCCAGUUUUCAAAGAUGAUGAUGACACAGACAGUGAUGUGAUGAGUCAAGAGUGGAAGGAAGAGCCGGUAAUUGUCCAAACAAAACGCCAGUCGCGGAGGAACACACCUGCACCUAGCAAACAAAGUGGUGGUGGUUCAAUACCAUCCUCGAUGCAUGACACUGCUGAUGUCUGAUAAUGAGCAUUAUAACAGCCUUAGAGUUGAGUUACAUUGAAGUAAACGACCAAGUUGGUGUUGGAGCUUAAUGACAAGUGCAUGGUUACUGCAACAUAAUUCUGUUGGAGAGAUCGAUGGUUUCUACAGGUAGCACAGUUGGUUGGUUCACAAGUCACUCUUGUAAACAUUGCACAAUGAUUUCCAGGUUUUCUUUUGUAUAUAAAAAAUUAUGCAAAGUAUGAAAUUUUGGGAUGAGACUGAUAGGAGAAGUAUUCAGGUCAAAUUUUAAUAAGUUUUUUUAUCUGC